CCAUUCCUUUCUUCCCUUACGUCUCUUCUCUUUCCUCCUCCUCCUCCUUGCCCAGCUUCAGUUCCUUCGUCAUCCAACGUCUGUGGCAAACUGAAUACAAGAGGAAGAAAGGCCCACUAGAACCAGCAGAUCGGUUCCUUUGUCGUUUCACUGAAAUUUUCCGAAUUUAAUGUCUCGGGAGUUGGAACUCUGUCUCUGUUUUUUCGUCUUAGUUUCUAGAGGGCUUUCUCCUUUUUGCGUUUGUAGAAGGCAGUGUGGUCAUAAGUAAAAUGGUUGGACAGGGCAUUCGGACUGAGGAUUUGGAGUUGUGCUUUCAGAAGCUUCUGGUGCUUGGUGGUGGAGGAGGGAAGAUGGAAGGAGGAGCUGUGAUGACCGGCUGGAAGGACCUUCCAAUGGAGCUUCUGCUGCGAAUAGUCUCUCUUGUGGACGAUCGAACGGCCAUCGUGGCUGCAGGAGUGUGUACUGGAUGGAGAGAUGUUAUUUGCUUAGGGCUCACCCAACUCUCUCUGUCAUGGUGCAAGAAUAACAUGAAUAACCUUGUGCUAUCAGUUGCCCCCAAGUUUACAAAGUUGCAAACUCUAAUAUUGCGCCAAGAUAGGCCACAACUUGAGGAUAAUGCAGUUGAGACAAUUGCAAACUGCUGUCAUGACAUGCAGGACUUGGACCUCAGCAAAAGUUUCAAGCUAAGUGACUUCUCAUUAUAUGCCUUGGCCCAUGGGUGUCCUAAUCUUACUAAGCUCAACAUCAGCGGUUGUUCGGCCUUCAGUGAUUCUGCCCUUGCAUAUCUAACUGGAUUUUGCAGGAACAUAAAAUACCUGAAUCUAUGUGGAUGUGUAAGAACAGCAACUGACAAAGCCUUGCAGGCUAUUGCAUACAAUUGCAGUCAGUUGCAGUCUUUGAAUCUAGGUUGGUGUGACGGUGUCACGGAUGUUGGAGUUACAAGUUUGGCAUAUGGGUGUCCAGAUCUAAGGGUCCUAGACCUGUGUGGUUGCAUUCUUAUAACAGAUGAGAGUGUGAUUGCUUUGGCCAACAGGUGCCAUCAUCUGAGAUCCCUUGACCUGUACUACUGCCAGAACAUUACAGACAGAGCAAUGUACUCCCUGGCCAACAGCCUAGUGAAGGGCAAGCAUAAUCUGUGGAAGUCUGUGAAAAGUGGAUACAAUAAUGAAGGGCUUAUGAAUCUCAACAUCAGCCAGUGCACAGCUCUCACCCCUCCAGCAGUUCAGGUUGUGUGUGAUUCAUUCCCUGCACUUCACACCUGCCCAGGAAGGCAUUCCCUCAUCAUAAGUGGCUGUCUUAAUCUAACAUCUGUUCAUUGUGCAUGUGCCAUCCAAGCACACCGUCCAGUGAGCGCUCUGCCUCAUCCUGCACACUGAAAAGGGCUCCAUGGAAUGUCAAAAAAUAUUUUAAUGAAAGAAGAGAUAAACAGACCUGUAUAUAUGAUGGCAACCUAUAGUGGGUGCUUUUUAUGUGAGGGAGUGGGACCAGUUGUUGGAACUUGGAAAAUUCACAAACUGCCAUAAUAACUCAGACUUUCAUUAUCAGCCUUUGGGGGGAUUUUAUUUA